UAACUAGGGAAUGAAAAAAAAAAUUUCUCUAAAAACGUGAAUGAAAAGCAUCAUAAUUUUUUUUCUCACAGCUUUUAUCGCUUAAUAAUUUUCCAUAUUUAAUUAUAAAUUAAAAACAAAUUUUUUACACACCAAUAAUCUCUUAAGAACCUUUUUAAUUAUUUAAUAACUUGAGAUAACGGAGUAAUCGGUACUUGGAGUUGGAUAACCGCUUCUGUAUAACUUUCGAGUACACAGAAACAAUCGGAGAAGCUGUAAAAAUGGCACGAGGACAUCAAAAAAUUCAAUCGCAAGCAAAAGCUGCUGAGAAAAUGUCGAAAUUAAAAAAACAACAGGGCCACAGUGCUAAUGAACAAAAAAAAGCUGCACAGAAAGCACUUGUUCAUGUUUGUGCUGUUUGUAAAGCUCAAAUGCCGGAUCCCAAGACGUAUAAACAACAUUUUGAAAAUAAACAUCCUAAAAAUGAUAUGCCAGAAGACUUGAAAAAUAUAUGAAGGUGGUAUUUAUUAUGAUUUUUAUUGUAACACAAUUAAGGCAAAUUACGUAAACAAAAUAAUAAAAAAAAAGACUAUUAAUAAACUUUGAGGUCGAGUGACUUACUAAAUUAUCAAUAAUACUAGUUGUAAUAAAUAAAAAUCCGAUAAUUAUAAUUAUUGAUUAAAGUUUAAAGUAAACAUUUAAUUACUGCUAUUAAAAUAGAAAGGAUAAAUUUAAAAAUAAAAUAUUGUUAUUAUGUCAGGCUUUAAUUCACCUUGUCUCUGCCUUAAUUGCCGUUUAUUUUCAAUUAAGUGUCCAUUUUAUUAUUAAUUAAUUAUUAAUUUUUUUUAUAAGUAUUCAUAUUGAUAUAUAUAUAAAUAUAAAUGUAUAAUUUAAAAUACGAAUUAUGUUUAUGUAGUUGUAAAAAAAAUUUUGUACAUCAGCACCAGCUUGAAUAUUGAUAUUAAUAAUAAUAAUAAUAAUGAUAAUAACAUUAAUUCUUUUAUUUUAAAACGUAUAAAUAAAUUCAAAUAAUCAUAAAACGAAUCGAUGUAGAAUUAUAAUGAGCGGUACAAUUUUAUUAAAUCGUUAUAAUAGCAGAGUAAAAAAAUAUUAAAAAAAGUAGAAUGUAAAUAGAUAGAAAAUUUUAAAAACAUUUUUUUUUUUAAUUUUCAUAUGUAUUAAUAAUUUGACAUUAUUUUUUUAAAUUCAAAUUCAAAUGGUAAUGGGUAGCUAAUACUUUUUGUUAGAGGAUAAUUAAAUUACAUUGAGGUAUUACAUUCAAUAUAUUAUAAAUUUUUCGUUACAUAUUUACAGUUUUCUUAUUGUAAUAAUAUAUGAAUAAUAAUAAUAAUUAUAAUG